CUUCUCGUCUCUUCCGGCCCGGCGGCAACUCGGCUUUCCAUUUCUGCCCUUUUCUCUCUCCGUCCCGGCCGUUGCCGUUGCCGUUGCUCUGCGCCGCUCUCCUGUCUCCCCACCAGACCACCAGUAGCCGCUGGGAGAGCGGACCCGCCGCCGCGGCCAUGUUCUCCUGGAUCCUCCGCGGCUGCCGCGACGAGUGCUCCGCCUCCGACCAGCUCAAGCAGGCUCGUGAUGUCUUCGUGGCAAAAGAGGCAGUCUUGCAAAAGAAGAUUUCUCAAGAGAUGGAAAGGGCCAAGGAGUUCACAAAGUCAGGAAACAAACAAGCAGCAAUGCAGUGCUUGAAGAGGAAAAAGUACUAUGAAAGCCAAAUGAGCCAGACUCUCCUGGGCAGCAAGAGAACAUCCAUGACUGGUAUAAGUUGAAGGAUUAGAGCAGGAGUUGCCGACCUGGACACUUGUACUAUUUAUAUCUAAGCACCAAAACCCUGCAUGUGAAUAUCCCACCUGAUGAGUGGAUCUAUUUCUGCCUCCCCUUCAAAAUCUGCAAUACCUUUUUUAUUCUCUACUGUCUCUGUUUCUGAUGCAUGCCUUGUGGUGCUGUACAGCUGUGUAACUAGAUCUUGAUUCCAUCUUCUAAUAAGUGAAUGUCUAACACUUCAACCAUCUUAGACAUGUUCUUCUCCUUUUAAGACUAAAAAGUGCUGAAAAGGGAAUAUCUUGAAAUUUAUUCCGAAACUACUUAUCAUUUAUUUGUUCUUUCGCAAAAUGAUCUGCAAAAUAUUAUGCUUUUUUCGUGUACAACAGCCAUUUGUUAUCCAAAAAUGUUCCCUUCGCAAAAUUGCCAUCUAUUUGGUCAUAGUUUAGUCAACUCCACUGGUAAAUGCAGUUUCUUCAAGGAAGCUGAAAAUGGUCGAAUGUCAUUUCUUUUAUUACGUACGCACGAAGCUAGAGCUUAACACACAGUUUUUCAAGGAAAGAAAAGGUAACAUAUAUCACCUUAAUUUGCCCAAAGUUAAAAAGCCCUGCGUCGCCGCUGUACUAUG